AUGGCCGAAAGUCAGCGUCGUUCGGUCCUUUGCUCCUUGAUCAUGCUAGUGACAUUUGCAAUGAGUGGUCAAUCAUGUCCACAGCUGAGAGAAUGUUUUCCAGAUAGAAUCGUGCCAUUGGACUGUAAAAGUAAUUCCGGUUUCGACUGGGUCAUGGAAGCAAGUACUUCCGACUGUAGUAUGUACCUAAACUGUUUCAAUGGAAUCGGAGUGCAGAGUUGUUGCCCGGUUGGACUAUAUUUCAAUCCGGACCUAAUGAAAUGCGAUGAACCUGAGAAUGUGGAAUGUGACAUCGUACCGCCACCGUGUCCCGAGGACACAACAACGAGCAUCCCUGAAGGAGACACUACCACUGAAGGAGGUACAACGCCAGAUACGGAAGAAACAGACACUACCUCGGAAGAUCCAACCACAACAGCACCAGAUGAAACAACUACCGAAGCUGCAGAAAACACAACCAUUGAUGAGGGUUCAGAGCUAGAUGCCCUAUGUAGUGAUGCUGCUACCGAAGCGUACGUAGUACUGCCAUACCCGGAGGAUUGCAACAUGUACGUAGAGUGCCAGAACCGAGAGCUGAUCUCUGUGGAAAAUUGUCCCGCCGGGCUGCACUUUAAUCCUACCAAGUCUGUUUGUGAUUCUCCUGAUCACGCCGAGUGUUUGGAUUACGUUUGUCAAGACAAUCCUGAGGGAAAAUUGUUGGAAUUGUCCAGCGUGAACGACUGUCGGCUCCACUUUUUGUGCGUGGGUAAUACAACAAUCGUACGUCUCUGUGCGCCAGGCACGGUGUUUGACGGCGAGAAUGGCUGGUGUAUUCCAGACGAUGCGGAAAAUCCUUGUCAGCGUGUACGACCACCAGCACCGCCAACAUCAGUGAUAGACCAAUGUCGAGCCGAUAGCGAGCUCAAGAAAAUACCUCACCCACAAUUAUGUGACGUAUAUUAUCGAUGCCUCAAUGGACGACUAUUUGUGCGACAAUGUCCACCCGGAUUAUUGUUUGACAAUGAUCGCGCACAGUGCAAUCUGGCAGAGAAUGUUUCCUGUGUGGAGCAGGAGAAUGAACUAGCUCAAUGA